GUCGCAAUGGCGGCGUGAGGCGAGUCCCGGGUUCCGUGUCUGGGAGGAGAAGCGGUCACCAUGUCGGUGUUGUCGGACAGCGAGCGGUGCGGCUGCCGGGAGAUCCUUCAGGCCCUGGGUCAGGACGAGCUCCUGUCGGUGGCGGACACGGUCACCAACAGGAUGUUGAAGAUCGACGGCCGCGCAGAAGCCAUGAAUGCAAUACUAAGUUACAGCCAGAGUGCUGAGGAGUUGCUGAAAAGGAAGAAGAUCCACCGUGAGAUACUGUUUCAGUACUUGGCAAAACAUAAUAUUGUGAUCCCUGUUAAUGCAGAGAAAUAUCAACUAAUUCAGAGAGUUAUUGACUAUUGGAGGGAAAGCAACACUGCAUCCCAGAAAAGUACUGCUUCUGUAAGCUCAUCAGGAAAUGAUACACCACAAAUUGACUUAGCAACAAGUUACAAGGAUGAUUACCAGACAAUGGGACUACAAUUUUGUAAGUGGUUUUAUCGCCUUCUGAACUCUCAGAAUCCUUUGGAAAAAGAACAUUCGACGGAGUGGGGCCCACAGCACUUUUGGGAAGAUGCCAAACUUAAGUUUUCAUACCGAACUUUAGAGGAGCAGAUGGAGGAGUACACUGGUGCAGUUAUGGUCAGCCUCCGUUUAUUAGCACUGACAAAGGAUGAACAUCUAUUCCUGAAUCCUAACCUGACUGACGGUGGACUAAAGUGUAUCCAUUCACCUCAUGGAUUAGUUAUUAUUGCAGUGGCUGGCACUAUUCACAGAGCUUCAAUCUGCCUGGGAGUUUUUGAGCAAAUCUUUGGUCUUAUCCGCUGUCCAAAGAAUGAAAAUAAUUGGAAGAUGAAAUUUAUUGAUCUCAAGAUCACUGGUCAAGGUGCAAUGUCAGCAACUCUUCAGUCUAAUGAGGCAUCACAGCCACCCAUUAUCAAAUAUGAAUCUAAUGAACUACUGCAAGUCUUUGAAGAGAACACAGUGGGAGUUUGUGUGACAUCUGUUAGACCAUAAUGAAGUAUUGUUUUAUGAACUUGCAAUGAAGCUCUAAGCAUACAGUAGUUGAUAAGACAAUAUAUUGCAAUGCCACCUGUACUGCAAUUCAUGCUGAUAUGUAACUACACAUGUUCCAAGGAAAUAAUUAAAACCAGGCUGAAUUCAUUGCUCGUCCAAUGUACUAAUCGUAUUGGCGGUGUUGCCAAAAAUCCUUAGUAAGGGUAUGUUCUUUUUUUCUUAAAGAAGAAAUGUUAUUUCAAUGGAUUCUUUAUUUUUCCAGCCUAUUACAACCUUUACUUGUUACGGUACACUUGCUUGUUUUAGAGAUUGUAACGAUUUCUUCAGUUUGUGUCUCUCGACUGCUAGUAGCACAAAUUGCUCAAGUCAGAAUACUAUUGAACGCAUUUUUCAAUAUUUUGGUUGUAGAACACUCGGUUUAUUAAUAUACUUGGGGCAAUGCAAUUUUUGAUGGUUAACACUCUUUAAUCAGAAAGGAUAUUGGAGAUGCAAUGAAACUACUAUGGAAUGUGAAUAUAUUAUAAAUAGAAAUGAGUAAUGUGAGGUCUCUUUGUGUUGCAUUUGACAUGAAGAUAAAAAUAAAACUAAAUUGGUCACUCA